AUGGCGCUAAAAUUUUUCGAAACACUUUCAAACAAUUAUCUCGAACUUCUUGAUGACAAAGAAGAUUUUAAUGUAAAUAUUAGUGUUGGCGAAUCUCCCAACACCAAAACAUUUCAAGCACAUUCAGCAAUUGUAAAAUAUAGAUCUUUAUAUUUUCGAAAUAAAUUAGCAAAUAUCAGCAAAGAUAAGAAUAAUAUUAAAACUCUUGAUUUGAAACAUGUUACUAAACAGCAAUUCGAAAUCAUUAUCAGCCAUAAUGCAUCUUUUAUUUUUGAGCUUAUGCUUAUUGCUCAUGAAUUUCUUUUCGAUGAACUAACUAAACGUCUUGAAACUCAUUUAAUUGAAGUGGAAGCACAUUGGCUUCGUCUACAUUUUACUUCUAUUUAUCAAAAAAGUUUUCAGAAUAAUAAGCUUCAAGCAUUACAAAAAUGGUACCCCGAAAAUUGGACCUAUGAAAAUUUUCUUGCCUUAAAGACUACUCUACAAAGUUGUUUACCUCUUAUUCGUUAUUUUCAAAUGUCUAGCCAUAAUAUUUUGAAUAAUGUGCAACCAUAUCAACAAAUUCUUGAAAAAAAUCUUUGGAAAGAUAUAAUGAAAAGAAUUACAAAUUUAAACAACGCCUUAGAUCAAAGACAACACCAAUUACCACCAUACUAA